UCAAAUGAAAAACAUUAAAUGCUUUCACUUCUUUAUAUUUCUUUCUUCUUAAACAAACUGACUGGAAUUUUUGGAUUCUUUUGAAAGUUUACGACUUAACAAAUUACAUUACGACUAUGAUCUCAAUGUAACCCAGUGUUCAUCAAAUUAAGAACUUGAGCUUCUACGAUGGAUGCAAGAAGCCUGGAGAUUGAUACUCAAGUGCAAGGGCUAUUAGAAUUACUAAAGAAAUCAGAGAUUUCAGCAAUCAACCAAAUUCUGCAGUUCAAUGGAUCAAAUCAACGCUGUAUUUACAUAAAUGUUUUAAAAUCAAUAAAAAACGCCAUAGAAUUCAACGAUGAAGUGAACUUUGAAGAGUUAUGUCGCAUCUUGGCAUUAAUAACCAAUGUUAACAUUUCUACCCAUUUAUUUUCGUACUUUAGUUACAACGACAAUCCAUUUAAAAAAUCUAAUGUGGUGAUAAUGGCUUGUAAACACAAUCGUUUAGAAUUAUUGAACAACAUAUUCAGUGAUAAUUCGUCGACUAUCAGUGAUCUCUCGACUAAAGUAGGGGCAACUUUUCCAUUGCCAACCGAUCAGGAUGAGGAAGGCCACAAUGCCUUCUAUUAUUCUGUGCGCUCAGGGAAUACGCAACUUCUGGAAGUUCUAAUGAAGAAGUGGCCAAUGAAUUAUUUUUCUUCUCGGAAAGAAGAAUUGUGCUCACUCCUAUCGGAAAGUUUAAAUGAGUUAAUGCUGAAAAACGUGGAUAUAUCAAUUGAAAUUCAAAUAUUCAUACACAGUUUUUUACUUGACUACUACUUCGAGGAAAAUCCACCAUCUGAGUCUAGUGAUUAUUCACAUAAUGACAUCCAAGAGAGUUUAUCACUUAUUUUGGAGUACAGUGACUUGUAUGAAACAAAGUACGCAAACAGCAAAUCGAAAGACCUGCUGAUUGUUUUAGGGAAAGGGAUCGCGCGAAAUAUAUUCACUUUGAAAAAAUGGCUGAAAUCUACGUAUGACCGGAUUCCUUGGGAAGAAAUGGAAUUUCACCUAAUCUCGCACAUCCGGUAUCUGAACAAUCAAGGAUGUUACAUUAAUUGCUGCGUAACGGAGACUGAUUUUCUCAAGUACCUGGCGACCUUUUCUGAGUGUUUAGAGAACGAAACUAAAGAUAUCAAGUUUACAGACAUAAAAAAUUUAUCGACAUUUCCUAACAAAACACGUGGUGAUAUGAUUAACAGCAUUACCCAUAAAUAUUCCCACUUUGAAGAAUUUUACCAAAAUUAUGAAUUCAUUCGUGAUUAUGAAUCCCUUAGCAUUAUUAAGAAAUGCGUUGAUGCAGUGACAGAGGUGAAUACUGUAGAAAAGAGCGGGAAAACUGUUAUAGUCAGGGCAUUGCAAGUGAUGGGAGAAAAUUUUAAAAAUACAUUGGAAUCGCCUAAAUUGUCUUCUGGAACAAGUGAUUAUUUGAUGUCAUUUUUACCUAAGGAAACUGUUAGAAUUAUAAAAGCUUUGCGAAACUCGUUCUCGCAUGGUUUUCCUUUGGCAAUCUGUCACGAAAUAGAAGAAAUGUAUGGUUCUGAAUUCUACGUUCGAGUUCAGAAUGAUCUGAAAAGUUUAAACGUUGGAAUCACUUCAGCAUUUCAGAAAAUAAAAUUUGAGAUUUUCAGAACUUUGUUGAAAAAAAUUUGUGAUUGCGAAGACAUUGACGUGUUGAAAGACACUUUUCAUAUGAUAAGAUUGAUAUGUUGCAAGAAUGAUGUAUCCCAGUUUUUUCCAAGAAAUAAUGCCGUGAUUGAAGUCGAAAAACUGGUAUCUGAUUUGGAUAAAAUAAUGAGGAAAAAAACGCAUUUUGAAAAAAGUCUGUUUUCAAAAAUAGCAGAAAUUAUCAGUUUUGAGAAGCAAUUUUUAGAAAUAUCCGAAACCGAAUUUCAGAAACAUCUUAAUAUGCUAAAUUCAAAUUUUACUCCUGAGUAUGAAAUGAGCAGUCACGACAUUUUUUCAACGAAGUGUAGAAUAAAGUGUAGGUUAGACAUCAUAAAUCCUUUAUACAAUUCAGAAGGAUUAGAAAACAUUAAUUCAUUAAUAAGCGAAAUUUACCGCAGUAUCGGAAAAGGAAGAAUAAAUUCACAUGCCUUAUCUUUGAUUUCCAGAAUUAUUUACAUGACUGUGCGUCGAAAUCAUGAAAUAAAAAAUCUACAUGAAUUCAGAAAAUUUUUUCAGAAAACUGAAAAAAUAACCUUUAAGACUAUUAAGAACAGAAAACUGAUACAAACAUUAAGUUAUCAAGAAAUCUUAUUGAAUGAUAUUACAGCUAUAAAAAGACUUGUGGAAGAGAAUAAUUUGUCUGAAAAUAACAUCGAAUCAUUUUUCAUCUAUAAAAAUAAUUUAAAAAUGCAAGCAGAAAUUGAAAUGCUUAUUUUAUCAAUUUUGUCUAGUUUGGAGCAUUCUAAUUAUUACUUAAUAACUAGUCAGCAAUACAACGAAGUCGAUAACCCAUUAUUAGUUGGUAGAUAUCUCAGGAAUUAUCUAGCUCAUGGAAAUCCUUUAGUAGACAUUUUAAUGGAUUCAACUCAAUUGAUAUUCCUAUUUGCUAUGAAAAUUAUAAAACAUGAUAUAUAUCGCAAAGGAAAUAUCACAAUCAAGCGUGUGAGAAAUAAAUCAAAUGCAAGGUAUACUGUAGAAAAUCAGGAGCGAUUAUUUCGUGCGUUGUCUGGCAAUUCCUUAGAUGAAGUGAAGCAUUGGAUAAGACAAGGAGCUGAUAUUUAUGGACGGAACAGCAAUUUGAUGACAGCUUUACACUUCGCAGCAAAAUCUUCCAACAUUGACAUUCUUAAGUUCUUGAUUGAUCGGGGAUUGAAUCCAAAGGCCAAAGAUUUUCAUAAAAGAAAUAUUCUCCAUGUAUCUGCAGCUUUUGGAAGCAAGUGUAUAGUUGAAUACAUUUUAGAAGAGCUAAAAAUAUCGGUAGAUGAAAAGUGCGAGCGCAAGCAAUCACCUCUCCACGUUGCGGCAGAGAAUGGUUGUUUCGAUGUUGUUGAGACGUUGCUGCACCACAGAGCUAAAACUGAUGUUGUAGAUGUCGCUAAUCAGACGGCACUACAAAAAGCUGUAAUAAAUAAUAGAAUGGAAAUAGCUGAAUUGUUUUUAUGUAACAACAAAAAUAUUAAUUCAAUCCGGGACGAGAAUGGAUUUACGUUAUUACAUAUUGCCGCUGAAUUUGGUUUCUUGGAUAUGGUUGUUUACUUACUCGAUGAGGGAGCUGAUGCUAAUUCUGAAACGACGGAACAUUUAACCACUCCAUUGCAUCUCUCUUCUUUUUUUGGUCACCUAGAAGUUGUUAAGAUAUUAAUUUCACGGGGAGCAAGCGUAAGUGCAAGAGCAAAAGAGGGCUUAACUCCUCUACACAUCGCUGUUGAGAGCGGACACCAGUCUAUUGUUGAAUACUUACUUGAAAAUGGUGCUAAUAUAAAUGCUAUGAGUAGCCAAAAAUGUUUACCUUUGCAUUAUGCCUUUAGAGAAAAACACAUGAGGAUUUUUGAAAUCUUGAUCACAAACGGGGCAAGACUGGAAGAUAUUGAGAUAUGUGGUGAUUCUGCAUAUAAGUAUGCUAUUUUAAAUAGAAAUUUAGACGUAAUUAAUUAUUUGAUUGAAAAUGGAGUUCCUAUUAAUCAAAGGGAUCCUGAGGGCUGCACUCCUCUUCAUUUAAGUAUAAAAUACGUUACAAAUGAUAUCUCGAAGCGAUUAAUUGAACAUGGAGCAGAUGUAACUGCCGUAGAUCUGAAAGGUUUUACUCCUUUGAGACUCGCAAUACUUGGUGGAAAUUACGAUAUAGCUAGUACUCUUUUAUUAAGCAGGAAGGCUUUUUCUCUAAGUACUGAAAAUGGGUACACAUUGUUACAUUGUUGUGCUUUAACCACAAAAUAUAUUGCUAUAUUUUUUAAACAGUUGGGUAUGAUAGUUAAUGUAGUGAAUUAUGAUAUGUUCGCAUCUAACUCAAAUAUGUUUACAAUCUUUAAAACUCUUGUAGAAAUGGCUACCAAUGCGAUGGGUAGUAGUGUGAUGAAAUGGUUACAGUGGAAAGAUAAUAAGGGUAUGACUGCGCUGCAUCUUUCUUGCCUCUCGGGUAACACUUAUAUUGUUCAAUAUCUUGUCAACAAGCUGCCUGAUCUUAACAUACCUAACGACAACGGAUAUACACCUUUGCAUAGCGCCGUUGAAACGAAUCAUCUUGAAGUUGUUAAUUUACUGUUAUCGACUGAAAAGUGUUCUUUAAAUUCUAUGACAUCUGAAGGCAACACUGCUUUAUGCUUAGCUUCAGAGUGCAAUUUCACUGAAAUAGCUCGUGUGUUAAUCAAAAAUGGAGCUGAUGUAAAUGCUGGAUAUCCACUCAUGAAAGCUAUCCAAGGUGGGCACGAAGAAAUGUGUUUGAUUCUUCUACAACAAAACGAAAUAUAUUCAGGGAAGCAGUUUAAAGGUGAUAUAGAUAAGUUUCUUCAAUACGCUUCAUUCAAUGGUAUGGAGCGAGUGGUUUCUUAUAUUUUGCAUAAUAAAUCACUAACAGAAGAUUUCAGUUUAGAAGAAUCUUUGUUUCGUGCUAUUGAGUGUGGCUAUGAGGACAUUGUAACUAUUUUCUUAAAUCAUGGAGCUGAUGUUAAUUAUAUUUUAAUAAAUAAUUUUACUUCAAAUUUGCAUCUAGCAGUUAAACGAGGCCAUUCCAAAAUCACAAAAUUACUGUUAGAUAGAGGAGCAGACAUUAAUAAGCUGGAUUCAGAGAAUCGAAGACCUAUAGAGUGGGCUGUAUGGUAUGAUCGUUUGGAUCUCGUAAAAAUAAUUUUCCAGAAGAAAACUACAAACGUAAAUGCAAAAUUGAAUGGUGAUUAUACUUUGUUACAUAUUGCUGCUGAGUAUGGCCACCUAGACAUAGUCAAAUUUCUAAUAAGCGAAAAUGCCUCAUUACGUGCAGUUAACAGUUUCAACUCAAAACCCAUACACUUAGCAGCACGAGAGGGACAUUUACAUAUUGUUGAAUAUUUUAUUCAAUGCGAUAAAACUUUAUUAAGGGAACGUGGAUGUGCUAAUAUGAAUGUUCUUCAUUAUGCGGCUCAAGCUGGUCAAACAGAUGUCGUUAAAUAUUUCAUUAAAAAAGGAAUUAAUAUAAACGAAUCUGGUGAUAAUGGAGCCCGACCCAUUCAUUUAGCUGCCAUGUUUGGUUUCGAGGAAGUCCUCAGGGUACUGCUCAGCAACGGUGCAAUUUAUGACUGCUUUCAUGAUAUCUUUCAUAGAACUCCAUUAUUACUUACUGAUAGUGCAAAUAUUAAAAAGUUUCUACUGAUGAUUAAAGAAAUUUUUCACUCAGUUAAGAGUAACAACGUUUCUAAUGUAAAAUUGCUUAUUGAUAAAGGAGCCUGUAUCCAUGCCAUGGAUUCAGAUCAUGCAACGCUUCUGCAUUAUGCUGUAGGGGAGGGUAAUACGGAAAUUAUUCAAUUACUACUGGAAUACAAGGCAAAUCCUAACGCAUUUGGAGGACAAAAUGUCACACCGCUUCACAUCGCGUCCAAGUAUGGAAAAUAUGAGGCAGCAAAACUUCUGUUAGAAAAUGGGGCUAUUUAUAAUGCCAUGUCCACUGACAGAAAGACUCCUCUAGAUUUAGCUUCAAGCAAAUAUAUUAACGACUUAUUAAAAUUCAUUGACAUUGUUUUCAAAAAUGUACAAAAUUGUAAUAUUAAUAUUUUAAGUACUCUAGAAAAAGUUGAAAAUUCUGAAUUUUUAAAAUCUAUAGCAUUUGCAAAAAACAACGAAGAAAAAACUCUAAUGACUUGUGCAGUAAAAAAUGACUUUCCCAAACUGAAACACCUCGAGAGUAUAAUUGACAAGGAUUUUGAAAUUGCUAGACAUAAAAUUAUUCAGAUACUUAACAAGCCAAAAUACGCUCUAACCAAUCUAAACGAUUUUCAGAAGAAAACAUCCCAGAACCUUGGUACAGAUAUUCCUGAUAUCUUUGAAAGUAGAAAAUCAACAUCAUUGUCAAGCCAAGACUAUGAAAAAUUACUUCGUGCCUGUACGAAAUUUAUAAGAAAUGAGAAAGAGUUUAAUGCUGAUUCUUUAAAAAUGCAAUCCUUCGUAGCUCAAGCAAUGCAUGGUCAAGGUCAAAACAUCGAAGCAUUUCAAAUUUUUAAAUAUGUUUUUCAACAACAAAGCGAAAUGUUUGGUCUAAAUGAUUUUGAUACUUUAAGAACUUUGUCUGGUAUGGCGUCAGUUUUAAACAGCCUUGAACACUAUGAAGAGGCUUUGAAAGCCUAUAAUAUUGUUUUCGAAAAGCACCUUGAAAUUUAUGGUCCGGACAAUCCCCUGACUUUAUUUACGCAAAGUAAAAUAGGUCUAACUUUAGCUAAAUUAGGUAAAUACGACGAAGCCCUUUCCACCUACAAAUGUGUUUAUGAAUCUAGAAAAAAAGUUUAUGGUCCUUUUCAUGCAAAUACUUUAAGAACAUUCCAUAACAUAAACUCUAUAUUAUGUUAUAUAAAUAAACCUAAUGAAUCUGUGGAAGGCUUGAGAGAAAUUUUAAAUAUUCAGGAAAAAGACUUAGGUCCAAAUCAUAAAGAUACAGUAAGAACAAAACAAAGUUUGGGAUUGAUAUUGUUUAAUAUGGGGAAAUUUUUUGAAGCUAGUAAAAUUUUGAAAGAAAAUAUUGAAAAUCUAAAAUAUGUUUUGGGAAAUGAACAUUCCGAAGUUUUGAAAUCAGAAAAUCUAAUAGAGGCUAUGAAAUAUCCUUUGGAUGAUUUAAAUUUAUGGAGAUCAGGAGAUUUAAAGAAAACUAAUGCCCAUGUUCCAACAGUAGAAGAGUUAGAGCUGCGUCACCUCAGAAGCACUAUUUCCGAAGGUAGAACUCUUCUACAUUUUGCUGUACAUAGAGGCAAUAUAUCUGUGGUUAAAAUUUUAUUACAGAAGAAAUGUGAUGCUAUGCAAGCAACUAUUAAAGGAAAUACGGCUUUGCACAUUGCAUCGUCUAAAGGACAUGCUGAAAUUGCCGAGUUAUUGCUCAUGCAUGUUAAAGGUGAAAACGUACAUCAUUUGUCGACAUUUAUAAAUGCCAAAACAAAAAACUGUGGUAACUCGGCACUGCAUGCAGCAGCAAAUUUUGAAACCGCCAUUACUUUGCUUAAGUAUGGAGCAAUCUAUAACAUACAAAAUAAAGACUGUAAAACACCAAAGGAUUACACAACCUUAAAGGAAAUUUCUGACUUUCUACAGCUCAUUGAUGAACUUUUCAUGUGUGUUUCAAUUGGAGACAACAGAAUAAUGUCCAAGUUAAAGAUUCUUGGUUUUGAGGAGAAAAUAGCAGUCUCAAAGGCUAGAAAUGAACAGAAAUUUACUUUGCUUCAAGUUUGCUUAGCCAAUGGACAUAAACAACUAUUGAAGCAAUUGAAUUUAGUAAUGUAGUCUGCAAUUCUAUAAACAAAUAUAUAUAUAUUUGUUAACACUAUUAAAAAGUUAUAAGAUUUAGUAUUUCCACAUUUUAACUUUGAUUUUUACGUAUUGUAUGUUAUGUACUGUUAUGCUGUACUAUGUUCAACAUCAUUUAUGAACUUUUUGUAAUAUUAGAAUUUUCUUUAAAUGUGUUUUAUCGUUAUGUGUAUGAUUGAAUUACCUGUAUGAUUAAAUUUUCUGUGCUAAAUAUAUAUGUACAUAGAAUUAUGAGCAUCAUUAACCUCCUGAAAAAAUAUAUAUGGUGUUAUAUAACUCGAAACUUAAUUACAAUCUCUUUUUUCAUCAAAGACAGAAUAUGAAUCAUUUAUAAAUUAUCUUUAGCUGCAGUGAAAUAUUUUUUUGUAGAGGAUUUAAUUUAAUAUUGCAGCUAAAAUAAUAACCUGUUAUAAUGUAUUUUUAAGGUAAAAUAAUAGUUUUAAAUAAAAAAAAGGAAAGAAAAACGAGUUAUAUUCACAAAGAGUGACUUUUGUUUGGAAAUUUUGUUUAGCGUUUUAUACUUAUACUUCAAGAAAAUUUUAUUUUACGAAUUGAAAAA